UUUAAUGGAGAUGCUCAUGUUGUACUGUAAUUGUCCUGUUUAGUGUUCUUCCCAAUCACCCCUGCGAUUCUUGCCUUCAAACACCUGUGUAAAGAGUAAACAAAACAAUGAGUUUCAAAAAAAGAGUGAACACGUGUAAAUGUAUACUAACGUGCAAACGUAAAAACAAAUCAAGCAGGAGUAGAUAAAUGGAUGCUAGUAGAGGAGAUAAUGCAGAGGAUGGAGGAGGAGGUAGAAUGCAUGAAGAAGGCGAUGCAGCGCGCACACCAAGCAGCAAUUCAGCAUACCCAAACAUCAUGGGGACAGGUGCUCGGGCAAUCAGCGCAAACAACAGCUUGCCCAGUGGUGGAACAAGUGCACAUAGUGCUGGAACAAAUGCAAGCACAGGAGCUGGGAGCCUUGGAGAGCAGACAAUAAGCGAACCAGCAACUCCAGAAUCUGCUGGGAUCGAUGCUGAUAUGGAAGGCAGCAACAUGGAGGCAUAUUCCACACCUAAGCCACCUUUACAAGGGACAAAAUUUGACACCCCGGAGAGCGCACGUGACCACUACAGCACCUACGCGCGCAGGACUGGCUUUGCAGUUAGGCAGCAAUUCAAGAAAGAGAGGGUUGAUGGAACUAUAAGCAGGGUGCUACUAGUUUGUAUAAAAUAUGGCAAACGACGCAAGGACAGGGAUGAGCUGCAAGAUGUGGAAAACCCAGCCAGCAUUGUCAAGAAGAGGAAAAAAAAGAAAGUUGUUAGGACUGAAUGUGAAGCGCACAUGUACCUAUCCCACGAUGAUGCAUGGUGGACUGUUGACCAUUUCGAGGACACCCACAAUCACCCCCUGAUCAAAAAGCCUUCCCUAACAAAAUUCUUAUCAUCACAUCGGUACAUUCCGAAGGAGGAGCAGGACUUCUUGAGGGUUCUGCAUGGAUGCAACGUUGAGACUGCGAGGCAGAUGCAGCUGAUGUCAUGGUUCUACGGCAAUGCUAAAGACGUACCCUACACGACACAAGACAUUGCUAAUCAACGAGCUAAGUUCCGCUUGGAGCACCGCCACAAGGAAGUUGGGAGCACAAUUGCAUACUUCCAAGAGAUGAGGGCCAAAGAUUCAUAUUUCUACUGGAGAAUCAAACUUGAUGAUGAGGACAGGGUUGAGAACUUGUUCUGGAUAGAUGGCGCAUCACGCAUGGCAUAUGCAAAGUAUAAUGACUGUUUGUCGUUUGACACGACAUACAUGACAAACAUGUACAAGAUGCCGUGUGCACCAUUCAUUGGAAUUAAUAACCAUGGUCAAUCCAUCCAGUUUGGGUGUGGCUUCGUUCGAAACGAACUAAAGGAAAACUUUGUGUGGCUGUUUAACACAUUCCUCCAUGCAAUGGGUGGUGUUGCCCCUAAAAACAUCAUCACAGACCAGGACUUUGCAAUGAGGAGUGCGAUCGACGAGGUCUUCUUGAACAUAAUACACAGAAAUUACCGCUGGCAUAUAAUGAAGAAGGCGCAGGACAAACUUGGAAAACUUAUGGUUGAUGAUAAACCACUAAACAAAGCGUUCAAAGACUGUGUCGACAACAGCUUGACUGAGGAAGAGUUUGAAAACAAAUGGUGGGCAAUGAUGGAUGAAUAUGGCCAGAUCGACAACGAACAUUUUCAAUGGCUGUGGGAAAAUAGGAAAUGUUGGGCCCCAGUGUACUACAUGAAGCAUUUCUUUCCAUUCUUGCAGACAACUGCAAGGAGCGAGGGAUUCAAUGAUGUGCUCAAGAAGUACGUGAACCCCAACAACUCAUUGAUUGAAUUCGCAACUCAAUACACUGCAAUCCAGGAGAAAAUGCGAGGGAUAUACACACAAAAUCUGCUCUCCAAGUUCCAGGUAGAGAUGAAGCUAAAGACUGCUUACGGAUGCGACACUUUGCAAGAUGGAACCUUCAGGAUGUGGUCGCUCCGAGGCAUACUACCAAAGUAUGGGGAUAGGGACUACCAUGUGCAGGCGAACAAGGAUGAAGGGAUUGGAGUCUACGAGAUACCGAGGAGGUAUAUCCUGGAUAGGUGGACAUGGGAUCUAGAAGAGGAUCUUGUUCAGCCUGAUUACCAACAGCCAACAGUUAAGAAGGAUGUUGUGAGGCCACAAUAUGGAGGCAGAAGGAACUGCGAUGGGCGGCUUACCCUAACUUUCCGAAUUGGCACGUUCGACUUCUUCAACCCACAUAAUUACAUCGUCGUCUUCAACAUCCGCAUCAUAAACUCGAAAUCGACGCUCUUCAAAAAGUUGCGAUUAGGUCAGUUUGUGAACUGA